GCUUGUCCUUUGCCUCGAACAACGCAUGCUAUAGCACGCUACCACCCGGACGCCAUUUCAUAGCUUGCCGUUUUGCCUGUUUGAACGUUUGAAUUUUCGAAGGCAGAAAAGAGAUCCUCUAACCCCGUUGUCAGAUUUUACGUGUUAUCUAGUAGGUUAGUCGUCCGACUACCAUGGAGUCAUCCAACGUUACACCGGAGGCCCUAGCUGCUGUCCAAGCAGUUCAGUUGGAGUUGACUGGAGAAAAUGCGACGACCUUGUCAUUAAGGCGACCCUUCGAUCCUGUUGCUCAUGAUCUGGACGCAUCUUUCCGAUUGACGCGCUAUGCGGAUUUAAAAGGAUGAGGGUGUAAGUGUUCCCAAGAUGUUCUUGGGAAACUGCUAUUGUCUGCAGGGCUUCAGGAUGAUGAUGCAAACAUCCAAGAUCAUGAGCAGAACCAAUAUCUUCAUUUUCCCUACACAAGAAUCGGUGUUGGCAUGGAUGCAUCAGUUACACCCCUUCGCCAUGGAGGCCUUUCUCUUGUGCAGACAACAGAUUUUUUCUAUCCAUUAGUAGAUGACCCUUACAUGCAAGGGAAGAUAACUGCUGCCAACGUUUUGAGUGAUUUGUAUGCCAUGGGUGUAACAGAGUGUGACAACAUGCUGAUGUUAAUUGGUGUUUCAACCAAAAUGACAGAAAAAGAAAGAGACAUUGUGAUGCCACUUAUGAUGCGUGGUUUUAAGGACUGUGCCUUGGAGGCUGGUACAAAUGUAACAGGUGGCCAAACAGUUAUGAACCCAUGGUGUACCAUUGGAGGGGUAGCGUCUUCUGUGUGCCAAACGUCAGAACUCAUAAUGCCAGACAAUGCCGUUGUAGGAGAUGUGCUGGUUUUAACAAAGCCAUUGGGCACGCAAGUAGCUGUCAAUGCGCACCAGUGGUUGGAUUUGCAAGAUCGCUGGAACAGGAUUAAAUUGGUCGUUUCGGAAGAUGACGUACGUAAAGCUUACCUACGUUCGAUUGAUUCCAUGGCAAGAUUGAAUAGGACAGCUGCUCGUUUGAUGCACAAAUAUAACGCUCAUGCGGCUACGGAUGUGACUGGAUUUGGACUUUUAGGUCAUGCACAGAACCUUGCUGCCCAUCAGAAGAAUGAAGUUUCGUUUGUUAUACAUAAUUUACCUGUCAUAGCAAAAAUGGCUGCUGUUGCCAAGGCAUGUGGUAAUAUGUUUCAGCUGCUUCAAGGCCUUUCUGCCGAAACUUCAGGUGGGAUGUUAAUCUGCCUUCCUCGUGAGCAAGCUGCCGCCUACUGUAAAGACAUUGAGAAAACGGAGGGCUAUCAAGCAUGGAUUAUAGGAAUAGUGGAAAAAGGCAAUCGAACUGCGCGAAUUAUUGAUAAACCUCGAGUUAUUGAAGUUCCAGCUAAAGAAAAAGAAGGUGAACUUUGGUAGAGUUCGAAGAUACCACCAUCGCAUCAUUUGCCAUUUUUUUUUUCUCAACAUGCAAAAGUUUUAUGUCAUAUAUAUGUCCUGGGGGGCGGGCACUUGUUUAUAGAGCCCAAAAAGACAAUAAGAGUUGUGUACGUCGAAUGAACCGAAACAAAGAAACUGUUAACUCAGUCUUGUUAUCGAUGAAGUAUAAACGCGACACACUCCAUCUUAGUAGUUUUACUUGGUUUUUCCUGCCUCAACGUUAUUCCUAUUUCAUCCGUGUGUUUUUCUUUUUACAACGACAAAUUGACUGUCGUUUUGAAUAACAAGGAAAUACAGUUUCACAAAUCAUCAA